UGCUAUUAAUAUGUCAUUAUUAUUAUAAAUAAUAGUAUGAGAUAUUUUCGAACUCUAACUUAAAAUCAGCAUAAGAGGGUAAAGCUUAUUAGAGAUUUUCUGCGUUGACAUCACUGCUCACAAUGACAAUAAAAACACGGUGAAACAAGAAUCAACUUAAUUGAAGUAUAUACGUUCCAAAGAAAAUUUAUAAUAUUGUACAUAUCGAAAGUGAGAAUUUGUUAGACGAAUUUUCAACCGUUUGUGUCUUGACGAUUGAUAAAAUUCUUUUUGCGAAAACGGUUUACGGUUGUAAGAAAAGAAAAAGCAGGAAAAAGUCCAAGCAAGAACAAGACAAAAUCAGCUGAUAAAGGGAGCAAAAAAGGAGCCCAUUAAACAACAUAGAAAACAAAAGAAUUUCAAGUUUUUUUUCGGUUCGUGUUGUUGCUUGUAGGAGUAUUUCUCUUCUUCGUCGUCGUGUACAAAAUUAAAUAAAAUGUCUGAAAAGGAACAAUUAACGUACAAGAUGAGCGAACUGACCCAAGAGGAGAUAAGAGAACGUCGAUUGCGUACAUUGGCCGCAAAUAGUAAUUUGGUUAAAAAUUCGAAUACAACAACAACGGCAGCUGCGAUAGCGGAAUCCGCUUUGUGUUCAACGCAAAACGUAGAAGUGUCCGGUGUACGUUCGGCUACUAAUCUUUCAAAUACCUCCCGGCUGGUGCGGGAAAGUGAUCACACGGCUUUAGAGGGAGAAUCAGUAGUGACACAGCCAAUCGAUGAUUUAGGGGAAAAUAAAAUGGAGGUAGAUGUUGAAAUGAAGUCACUAACUACUACGCCGACAAAGAGCAGUCCUCCAAGUAACCAAUUGAUGUUGGCGGGUUUGGUGAAGACUAAUACUGACGUUGAUGCAGAUAAAGUUAAUGCUAGCAUCGAAAAUAUGGAAACUUCCGAACAGCCAUCUCCUGUAAUUACACCGCAAUUAUAUUAUCCUGUCACUGAAAAAACUUGCGAUCAACGAAUAGAAGACAUGAUUUCUAAGAUACUGAACGCUUCGUGGAAUGUGGAAUGUUCGGGUUCAAUGAUUUGUCCCCAAACUGCCAGUUUCAUAGAACAGCAUGCUGAAAAGCGUUACGACUUUGAGACCAUAAUACAUUGCGUCCUUAUGGAAUGUGUUUUAAAAUUAUACAAUGACGAAGUAGAGUUGAACGAAGGAGCUGCAGCAGCUACCGAUGGAAAUACAAGUCGCGAUAUAUCCAGUAAAAAUGAGACAAAUGCGGAAAGUGCGGCUGAUGGAAGCAUUGAAACUACCACGCCUAAUUUAUCGAAAUUUUCUUUUUCGGCGCCGAAAAAGAUCAAAAGUGAUGAUACAGAAGUUCAGGAGAUCAUGGCUAAUGCCAGCAAUCAAGACCAACCGUCGACUUCCCGUAACUUACAAGUCUGCAUUGUUGGCACCGAACUGUUCACAUCAUGUCCCACACCUUCUUCUACGAUAUUUUCGCCGAUGACUUUAGCCAAAAAUAACGUAAUCAUGCAUUUAGUGCGAUGCCAUCAAAGUUAUCAACAACAAAAGGAGAAAAUUAAUGCCAAUGCUGUUCAAGAGCUGCUUCAAGACUUAGAAAAGAUUCAGAGCACGUUGCAACUUAUUCUGGAUCUAAUAAUGCGUGUCACUAUUUUGGUACUUACGGAUCGCAUCUAUGAAAACUACAAUUUAAAUUUGGAUCAAUCUGCUCUGUUAGAAUUAUGCUAUCAGGAUCGCAUUCCUGAUGAUUUCCUUUACGACUUAAUAGCAGAAUGCUAUCACCAGCCAGCCGAAUUCGAUCAGAUAUUCAGUCAAUUGUUGCGCGGUCUUUUUCUUGGUAUGCAACGUACGGUUUUCACACCAAAUGUAAUAACACAUCAUAUGGAGCUGCUAAGUAAAUUGGUAGCCAUCAAAAUCGGGACAAUACGACCGAUAUGUGAUUUAGUUAUGGCUCAGAAAAAUUUUCUACCAGAACGAUGCACAAUGAUACCAGGCCGCGAAAUAGUGAAGACAAGCUUUUUGGGCCCAUUCCUAUCAGUAUCAUUUUUUGCCGAAGAGAAUAUACAUUUUGCUGAAGCGAACGUAAAAUUUGAUUCUUUGUCUUCGGGUCCUGAAAAAUUUCGAUGGCAACUAUUUACGAUGCGUCAGUUGAUGCAUUCGGUUUUUCAUUCGUUGUUUGUUAAUGUCAACAGCCGACCGAAAACUCUGAAAUAUAUUGCUGAGAUAUUGUGUCACAAUCAGCGACGAGUGCAAUUUGCCAGUGAUGAGAAAAUGUUAGCACGCGACGGUUUAGUCAUUAAUCUAAUGAAUGUCUUACAACAGCUAUCCGUUAAAAUUAAAUUGGAUCGCAUCGAUCCGCAAUAUCCGUUUUACCGCGAUAGCUUGAUAGAAAUUCACGGAGAUACCCGAUUACGUUUUAAUCGCGAAGAAUCUGAGAAAUUCUGGAUAACUGAAUACAUACAUACCGCAUCCAAUCCCAAUUUUCAAACGCAUUGUUGGUUUUUAACAUUGCAAGCCCAUCACUUGGGUUUUAUGCCAGCCAUACAACGUUAUCGUCAGAAGUCCAGAGCCAUAAAAGAACUACAGAAGCUAAUCGGGGAGCUUGAUCGUACCAAGUCUCAUUGGGAGAAUACCCCUUACGCUUCUCGUAACAAGCAGUUUAGAGAUCGUUGGCAUAAACAAUUAAAAAAGCUUACCAGAUCAAAACUGUGCAGUGAAGUAUGCCUUUUAGAUCCGGCCUUACUAAAUGCGUGUUUGUUCUUCUAUUCGACUGUUUGCGAAUAUCUGUUGUAUCAGAUGGAAGGUCGUCCCAUCGAUGGUCCAUUUAUGUCCAAAAUUCCAGCUCAGCAACUAAAGCCGACUGAUAUUUUCUCUGCACUGCCUGAAUGGUAUAUCGAUGAUAUUGCUGAAUUUAUAUUGUUUGCUAUGCAACAUGCAGCCAAUGAAGUGCGCCAUAGCAUCGAUCAUUCAAUUUUGACCUGGUUACUAACUUGUGUGUGCGCACCGCAUCUCAUCAAGAAUCCAUAUGUCACUGCCAAAUUAGUUGAAGUGAUGUUUGUCUUUUCAUUGGGGCCAUCAAAUGUGCUUAAUGUCGCGAUGUGGAAUCAUGAACUGGCUCAGACUGUUCUGUGCAGCUCAUUAAUGAAGUUCUAUGUUGAUAUUGAAACGACUGGACAAAGUACUGAAUUUUAUGAUAAAUUUACAAUAAGAUAUCAUAUAAGUCAUCUUUUUAAAUCAAUGUGGGAAACUCCCGUACAUCGUCAGGUCAUGAUUACUGAAUCGAAAUCGGGUAAACAAUUUGUAAAAUUUGUUAAUAUGCUGAUGAAUGACACUACUUUCCUGUUGGACGAAUGUUUGGAAAAUCUUAAGCGCAUACAUCAAACUCAGGUUUUAAUGAUGAACGAGCAGACGUGGUCAAAUUUGGGAUCGGAACAGCAACAAAGUCGUUUAUCGCAGCUUGCCACGGAUGAACGUCAAUGCCGUUCAUAUCUAACAUUAGCUCGCGAAACUGUAGAAAUGUUUCAUUAUUUAACAGUUGAUAUUAAAGAGCCAUUCAUGCGAGAUGAGCUCGUAGACCGCCUAAGCUCAAUGUUAAAUUUCAAUUUGCAUCAAUUAUGUGGACCCAAAUGCAAUGAUUUAAAAGUGCGUAAUCCGACCAAGUAUGGUUGGGAUCCCCGGCGAUUAUUAGGUCAGAUAUUUGAUAUAUAUUUACGUUUGGACUGUGAUAGAUUUGCGCAAGCUUUGGCUGCCGAUGAACGUUCCUUUCAAAAACAUCUUUUCGAUAAUGCAGCCAGUCGCAUCGAGCAUUUAAGAAUACGUUCAGUUAUUGAGGUGGAGAAAUUUCGAGCACUCAUUAAUAAAGCUCACGACAUUUAUGCGAAUCAACAAUCGGAAGAUGAGUGUGCUGAUGCUCCUGAUGAAUUUAAAGAUCCCCUCAUGGAUACUCUAAUGUCGGACCCCGUUAUUUUGCCGUCGGGAACUAUAAUGGAUCGCGCUAUUAUUACGCGUCACUUACUAAAUAGUAGCACGGAUCCCUUUAAUCGUCAGCCUUUAACCGAAGACAUGCUCGUGCCAAAUAUAGAGUUAAAGGAACGUAUAGAUGUCUGGCGGAAAGAGCAACGCUUCAAAAGGCAGCAGCAAAGAAACUUGAAUUUAAACGAUAAAAGCUCUUGAAUUUAUAAUAUAAUAACAAAUUUUACAAGCAUAUUAGUUAGUUUUCCCUUUAUAUGUAAUUAUUAUAAUUCUGUAUUUCCUCUUCACUCACUAUCUUUUCCCAAGUAUUCAAAUGUAGUUUCUUUUUAUUGCUAUAAAAGUUUUUUUUUUGUUUUCUUUUGGUUUUUUCCUAUUAACAAUUUGUCUUCGGUCCUCUCGUCUGGUAAUAAUAUUGAAAUGUAUAUUUUAAAAUCUGUUUA